UUUCAUCAUGGCAAUGCUGAGAAGUCUUCUGCUUCUUUUCAUUGUGUUCUCCAUGGAGAACGCAGAAGUUAAUGCAUUUAAAAAAUGCCCCUUUGGAUGGAAAAAUCUUGGAGUCCGAUGCUACAAGUUCUUCUCUCAGGGGGUCAGCUGGGUAACAGCAGAGAAGAACUGCCAAAGUCUGGAUGCAAAUCUUGCGUCUGUACACAGUAAAAUAGAACAUGAUUUUCUGCUGAGUCUGUUGCCUUCUUCUUCCACACGUUGUUGGAUUGGAGCUCAUGACGGUGAAGAAGAUGGACAGUGGUUGUGGACUGAUGGAACUUCGUUUGACUACACCCAUUGGGCCCCUAGACAACCUGACCAUGACAGUGAGGACUGUGGGGAGUUGAACUAUGAAAGUAGCGGUUGGAAUGAUGAAAGCUGUUUAAGCCAACUGGAUUAUGUUUGUGCUAAAUACCUGUGAGAUCACAUACAGUCAUCCUGCUCCACAGUUACUUUGAUUGUACUACAUUUACAUUUUCUGAUCUUAUCUUUACAAGUGUUAUUCUGA